AUGGGCCGUCCUCGGGGCAGAUCCAACAACCUCGGCGUGGACAUCCGUGGCGACACCAGCGCGCCCGCGAUGUCCACCAUGAACGACGUGAGCCCCGUCGAGCCCACUAGCCCCGAUCUGAGCAAGCAGCUACAGGCCCAGUCGGAGAAAUCAACCGCCAAGCCGCACUCUCAACGCCGCCGCACUCGGUCCCUCCUCCACCGGUUCGCUGACAAGUGCCUGAAGUACACCUGGCUGCUGCCGCUGCUCAUCCUGGGCGUCCUGCUGUCCUUGUACGCGAUCAACCCGACCCCGUCGAAUCCAAUGCACAGCGCCAUCUUCAUCUCAUACCCGCAGCCACCAAAGACACCCGGCGGCCCGGUCAUGUACGGCAAGGGCAAGAAAGACAUUACCUUCGUGGCUUUCUACACGGUCGUCCUUUCGUUUACACGUGAGUUCCUGAUGCAACAGGUCAUCCGGCCGUGGGCGCGCUACUGCGGGAUUAAGAGUCGGGGCAAAACCGCGCGGUUCAUGGAGCAGGUGUACACUGCGAUGUAUUUCAGCAUCUUUGGGCCGUUUGGUCUGUACGUGAUGUACCAGUCUGACAUUUGGUUUUUCAACACCACGGCGAUGUUUGAGGGGUUCCCGCAUCGGGAGCACGUGGCCGUCUUCAAGACGUACUAUCUUCUGCAGGCGAGCUAUUGGGCGCAACAGGCGAUCGUCUUGUUGUUGCAGCUGGAGAAGCCGCGCAAAGAUUUCAAGGAGCUCGUCGGACACCAUAUCAUCACCGUGGCGCUGAUCGCCCUCAGCUAUCGGUUCCACUUCACGUACAUGGGUCUUGCGGUCUAUAUCACCAUGGACAUCUCGGACUUCUUCUUAGCGACCUCCAAAACGCUCAACUACCUCGAUUCCAUCAUCACGGUGCCCUACUACGUCAUGUUCGUCUGUAUCUGGACCUACCUCCGCCAUUACCUGAACCUGAAGAUCCUGUGGGCUGUCCUGACAGAAUUCCGGACGGUCGGACCCUUUGAGCUCAACUGGGAGACACAGCAGUACAAGUGCUGGAUCAGCCAAUACAUCACCUUUGCACUCCUCGCCAGUCUACAAGCCGUCAACCUCUUCUGGAUGUUCCUGAUCCUACGAAUUCUGGCCAACUAUGUCUUCAACAGCGUCGUGCAGGACGAACGCAGUGAGGCCGAGGACGAGGGUGAGGAAGUCGAGGAGAAUGGUCAUGCUACAGCUACUCUCGCCACUGGCAAGGAGAACCACACGCCUCAGGUGCUGGUUAAUGGCGAGCCUGUGCCCGAAAGGCGGAACCUGCGCUCCCGCAACAGCAAGCAGGAUUCGUGA